AUCGCAGCCAGGCGCCUGGCAACCUCGCGAGCCAGGCAGGGAAGGACCGGGCCGGUUGGGGUCUCCCGGGGAUACGGUCCGAAGGGACGAAGGCUUGCCCACACCUCGCGACCGAGGACUGACGUGGGGGACUGGCGGAGGGGGCGCUGGGACUCCGCGCUCCACGGGGCGCCCCCAGCCCCGCCCCACACCUGCGCGGACGCUCCGCCUCGGUCGGGCCAUUGGCUGCACCCGCCGUCCGUCAGACGAGCCCCCGGGGCCCGCCCCCGCCCCCGCCCAGAGCUGCGCCUCUUAGCGCCGGGGCCACCGCGGCAGCGCCUCGCAGUCAGGCUCCCCGCUGUCCGCCGCGCGCUGCGCAGCCCGCCCUUUCCCGGCGCGGGGCCGCCCACCGCGGGCUCGGGGCGAACCAUGCGCCCGCCGAGCCCGCCGCCCGCCCGCUGGCUCUGCGUGCUGGCCGGAUCCCUCGCCUGCGCCCUCGGCCCCGUGGGCGGCUGGGCAGUUGGGCUGCAGCAGGAAGAGUGUGACUACCUGCAGAUGCUCGCGGUACAGCACAGGCAGUGCCUGGAGGAGGCCCAGCUGGAGAACGAAACAGCAGGCUGCAGCAAGAUGUGGGACAACCUCACCUGCUGGCCAGCCACCCCUCGGGGCCAGGUGGUCAUCUUGGCCUGCCCCCUGAUCUUUAAGCUCUUCUCCCCCAUUCAAGGCCGCAACGUGAGCCGCAGCUGCACCGAUGAGGGCUGGACGCCCCUGGAGCCUGGCCCCUACGCUGCUGCCUGUGGCUUGGAUGACAAUGCAUCGAGUGUGGAUGAGCAGCAGCAGACAAUGUUCUACAGUUCUGUGAAGACCGGCUACACCAUCGGCUACAGCCUGUCCCUUGCCACCCUCCUCGUCGCCACUGCCAUCCUGAGCCUGUUCAGGAAGCUCCACUGCACGCGGAACUACAUCCACAUGCACCUCUUCAUCUCCUUCAUCCUGAGGGCCGCCGCUGUCUUCAUCAAAGACUUGGCCCUCUUCGACAGCGGGGAGUCAGACCACUGCUCCAAGGGCUCGGCAGGCUGUAAGGCAGCCGUUGUCUUAUUCCAGUACUGUGUCAUGGCCAACUUCUUCUGGCUGCUGGUAGAAGGCCUCUACCUGCACACCCUGCUCGCUGUCUCCUUCUUCUCCGAGCGGAAGUACUUCUGGGGGUACAUAUUCAUCGGCUGGGGGGUGCCCAGCACGUUCACCGUGGUGUGGACCGCCGUCAGGAUCCACCUUGAGGAUUACGGAUGCUGGGACACCAUCAACUCCUCACUGUGGUGGAUCAUAAAGGCCCCCAUCCUCGCCUCCAUCUUGGUGAACUUCAUCCUGUUCAUUCGGAUCAUCAGAAUCCUGGUUCAGAAACUGCGGCCCCCAGACGUUGGGAAGAGUGACAGCAGCCCGUACUCGAGGCUGGCCAAGUCCACCCUUCUGCUGAUCCCCCUGUUUGGAGUGCACUACAUCAUGUUUGCCUUCUUCCCCGACAACUUUAAGGCGGAAGUGAAAAUAGUCUUUGAGCUCGUCGUGGGGUCGUUCCAGGGUUUUGUGGUGGCCAUCCUCUACUGCUUCCUCAAUGGCGAGGUGCAGGCAGAGCUGCGGCGGAAGUGGCGGCGCUGGCACCUGCAGGGCGUCUUGGGUUGGGACCCCAAAUACCAGCACCCGUCAGCCGGCAGCAACGGGGCCACGUGCAGCACGCAGGUCUCCAUGCUGAGCCGCGUCAGCCCCGGUGCGCGCCGCUCCUCCAGCUUCCAGGCCGAAGUCUCCCUGGUCUGACCUCCAGGUGCCUAGGCGGGUGGGCGGCCCAUCCCGCCCGCACCGCCCCCCACCCCCACCCCGCGCGCCACCGGGGGCAGAGGCCUGCCAGGCGCGGUCAGCCCUAGCCCUGAGCUCGGACGCUGCCGGGGUCCCCAGGUCAGUGUCCGGAAGCCCCCGGAGAAUGUUGCCCUUGUGCCUGCCUGGGGAGAAGAAGACGCAAAGAUGGGGAGCACUAGGAGCUCCUACCUGGAAGAUGCGGGGUGGAGCUCAGUCUCCAGGCUCCGCCCCCAAAGGCCCCCUCCGCCAACCAAGGGCAAGAAAUCUGCAUAUUCUUCCCGGAUUCCACUCCCUGGUAGCUCUGACCACCCAUCCGAGGAAGGCCACCGCCUCUCCCCUGACAAUGCAUGUGGGAACUUGGUGGGAUCUGAGGGGACAAAGGUCUUGCCCCGAAAGGUCACCUGCCACCACGCCCUCGACGGUGCCUGAAGUUCCACCACUGCCGUCAGGUUCCUGCGGGUUAAGCGUCACCGUUCAGGCGUCUCUCCGGAGACGCAGUGUCCUCCGUUCGUGCCUCCUCAUAGCUGCCAGCUCUUCGAGGUGAAUGAAUGUUCCGGCCCCCCUGCACACGCUGUUGUGAACAAGGAGUUUUAGUUUGGGGAGGGCAGCUAUCUUCACAGCUCCCUCGAAAGCGGAGUCAUCCCGGAAUGGCUGCAACAAUUCGAGGAGACUGCCACCCGCCCUACCCACCUCAUGGGCUGUGGGAGCUGCUCCUGGCUGCCCGCCUGUGUGCCAACUAUUAGCACCAGGCUCAGAGAUGUACCCUCAGGGGCCCUUUCCUCUUCGGAGCCACCCGGCAAGGUGGGCACUCCUGUCUCUAUUUCACAGUGAGCCUCACAGAGAGCAGGUACCUCACCUUGUCACACAGACAGGAUCGGAACUCAGAUCUUGCUGAUGGGAAAGUGAAAGCACAGACUCUUAACUGCUGCCUUUUGUAUAUUGUAACAAGCUGGAUCCUCUCCCUUAUGUGUAUCAUCACCGAUAUUGUUAUCACCGCCAUCCCCAAAACUGCCUUCCCACCCCGCCCCCCAGCCCCCCUGCGUGUGGCCAGGGAGUCCUCCAGCCCAUGUGUCAUCUGGACAAGAGCCUGGUGGUUGUCACGUCCUGUGACACCCUGUGGUGUCACAGCUUCCUACCCAGGGGCCACACAGCUUCCUACCCACUACCCAGGCCCCAGACGGAAGAUUCCCUCAGGACUGCAAACAGGCUUGUGCAACAAUAAACACUGGGUUGGAUUGGCUUGGUUUUCCUGGUGGUGGUGUUUCCAUGUGGGCUAAAAUGGAGACCAGCUUCCAACUUGUGGCCAUGCCCGCCUCCCCCCCAUUCCAAGGAAGGCUGGUCCAAAACAUCACUGAAGCCGGACGCCACCACCCCUCUGGCUUCGAUGUGAGGAACACACAGUUCUAAGGGCUUUCAACUCAUGUCUUGUUGAGUGGUACCCUCUCUCCCUGAGCGUGGUAAAGUUAUACGCCAUCCUCGUAGUGUCCUCCCAGCCCCUAAAUCCAACCAAGAAGAGACAGUUCUAUUCUUGGAUCAAUACAAAACAGCUGACAGAGUUGCCCUCAGUUCCAGGAAUGGUUCUGUGUGGGUACCUGCACCCAAGGAGCACACGGGGUGUGAGAUGACCAUGUUGCCAUUGUCCAGGAUUCAGCCAAGAGGUGGCAGAUAGAGGACAGAACAAAUGUCACCAAAACAGAGACAAUACAGCUGAUAGGUUUAGACACAGAAGCUGCAGGGUGAAGACAAUGACGCUGGUCAGCAAGGGCUGGAUUCAAAGCCAUCACUCCAGAUGACCUCCCUGGCUUCCCCUCGCAGCAAACUUCCUGCCUGGAUCUGGCCCAUCACCACCGUGCCUGAAAUCCCUCCAUUAGUGAGUCAUGGCUGGGGAGAGAAGCAGAGUUAGCCAGGAGGGUGGAAAGUGAAUAAAACAUAAAAAGACCCAAGACAGGGACCAAAAAAGGGAGGACAGAGGUGGGGCCCUGCCUGGGAGGUAGCAGGAGGUGAAAAGCUCCCCCCACCCCAGGGGUCGGGGGGCAUUCGGGAAUGGGGAGAAACUGAGGCAAUAUCCCUGGCCGGCAGAGGUCAUGAGCAGACAUCCCAGCUGCUUAUGGAGUGGGAGUGGAACAGGGGUGACCUCGAGCAGAAUUUCUCCAGCACCAGCUCUUUCCUCCAGCUCCCCGGUGCCGCUCCUGCCUUUCCCGGCGCAGUCAGACCAGACCCGCUCACCUCUAUCGCCACCUGGUGGGUGCCUCAAGGACUUCACCAAGGUUGGCCUUAGGGACCCGAAUACCUGAGUGCAGGCCCCUCCCCAGGAGCCCAGGUGACUCAGAGCACAGGCCUUUCUCUUCAGCUCCAUUUCAGAACGAGAUACAAGAGAGAGGAUGUGGU